GAUCGAGUAGAUCCCUUAAAAUGGGGCUUUAUAUGAGUAGUUUGUAAAUUAGAAGUAGACAUUUCUCUCUUGCAUUUUCCAAUCAAGCAUGUGUUCAUGUUUGUCUAUAAAUGGGUGUGUCUAGUCAUGGCAUUAUUAUUUGUCCAUUUGCUUCGAAACUUUUCAUAAUAUGUGUUUGCGUUGGAGCACCUCAAAUCCUCAAUCAACCAUGAUUAUAAUUUACUCAUGUACUAUAAUGUAACUGAAGUUUCGAAAGGUAUUAGGCGCAAGGCAUACGUUGGGUUUAUGAUUAGUGUCUAGACGUGCCUGGACAUUUGAAGUGAAAAUAGUUGAUUUUAGUAGAAAUUACAAUUUUACAACAAUUUUGUACUUAACUUCAGAUGAUUAAUAACUUAGCUAACCUUUAACAACAAAGAUGCAACAUUGUUUACUCAAGGGUGAUAUCGUAUUAAUGGAUCUUCAUUUAUGUGUCAUUUAGUGAUUACUCAUGGAAAAGACCGAACGAUGUCGUUCUCAAACCCUACAAUGACGCAUAUACUAUUAAUCAAUUGUUAUUCAAAUUGGCGGAAAUUGACAUUAAAUGGUAUGGAAUCUCAAAAAUCGAGGGCAACUUUGGUUCCGAUUAUGCUUGAAUAGCAGCUUCAAGCCUCACUUUCUGGUUGGAGACAGAACGAGAUAGUCACUAGGUAAGGUUUUACAUUGCAAGACAGACUAGUGGCAGUGUUUUCAUCAUAUUGUAAUUAGUAGUCAGGAUUAUCUCGGAGUUUGUUGACCAUAAAUACUCAUGGAAGAGACUGAACGAUGUCAUUCUCAAACCCUACCAUGACGCAUAUACUGUUAUAAUCAACUGUUAUUCAAAUUGGGGGAAAUUAACAUGUAGAUAUUGGUAUGGGAUAUCAAACACCAAGGGCAAUAUUAGUUCCCAUUAUGCUCGAAUAGCAGCUUCAACCCCUCACUUUUCGGUUGGAGACAGAAAGAGAUAGUCACUAGGUUUUUACAUUGCGAGACCGACAAGUGGCAGUGUUUUCAUCAUAUUGUAUUUAGUAGUGAGGAAGAUCUCGGAGUUUGUUGACCAUAAUUAGGAUUUGAUGCACGAGCAGGAAGUUGAGACAAAGGAGGAAUCAAACUGCAUCCCGCCAUUGUAUCUAUAAUCAGAAGAUAUAUGGAAGGAGCUGUACACGACGGACAUUUAUUCGGGGAAUUGAGAAGGAAGGUGAAGAAUCCAAAGGAAGAAUAAGAUACAUUAGACCGUAAAAUUAAAAAAAGUUCGGUUUUUUAUACAAGGGGACAUUUGACCCAAAUGUCCAAUUUUACAAAUUACCCUUCCAUACAAAAUUGAAAAUCACAAAUAAUAUUAUCUUUUCUCAAUUGCAUUCCAAAUUGAACCAUGCCUAAAGACAAUCCACCAAUUUUUAUUUUUAUUUUUUUAUAUAAUGUUCAAAAGAAAAUCUCCAAUGUGGAUUUAGGUACACUUUGAGAUCCCACAACCCAAAACCUACACCACCUUCCUCUUCACCCUUCCCUCUCCUCUCCCUAUAUAUACCCUCUCUUCCCCCUCUUUUCUCUUCACACAAACAGAAGCCCUCCAAACUAACACGCACACAAAGACACACACACCUUCCCCUCUCCUCUCCUUCUUCCCUCACGCCAACAGCACCCACCAUUUUUCCAGACAAGAUCACAACCCACCACAAAAGAAACCCCAUCGCCACCAUGCCGGAAGCUCCCAAGGCCGUCGCCGUCGCCAGCAGCAGCCACAACAGCAAUGGCAGCCUCACCACCAUUGUCGAAAAGAACAAGCGCGCCCUUCAGUUCAUCGACGACGUCACCUCUUCCCCCGACGACAUCCAGACCCACGUCCUCCGCGAAAUCCUCUCCCGCAACUUCGACGUCGAGUACCUCAAGCUCCGCCACCGCCUCAACGGCGCCACCGACCGCCGCACUUUCAAGAAACUCAUCCCCGUCAUCGCCUACGAGGACAUCCACCCUGAAAUCACCCGCAUCGCCAAUGGCGACACUUCCCCCAUCCUCUGCUCCUCCCCCAUCUCCGAAUUCCUCACCAGCUCUGGCACUUCGGCAGGGGAGAGGAAACUGAUGCCGACGAUUGCAGAGGAAAUGGACAGAAGAUCGACCCUCUACUCCCUCCUAAUGCCGGUCAUGUCCCAAUUCGUCCCCGACCUCGAGAAGGGCAAAGGGAUGUACUUCCUCUUCAUCAAAUCGGAAUCCAAAACCCCCGGGGGGUUGCCCGCCCGACCCGUUCUCACCAGCUACUACAAGAGCUCCCAUUUCAAGAACCGACCUUUCGACCCGUACACCAACUACACCAGCCCCAACGAGACCAUCCUCUGCCCCGAUUCCUACCAGUCCAUGUACUCCCAGCUCCUCUGCGGCCUCUGCCAGCGCACCCAGGUACUCCGGGUCGGGGCGGUUUUCGCAUCGGGUUUCAUCCGGGCGAUCCAGUUCCUCCAGAAGCACUGGCCACUCCUCUGCCGCGACAUCCGGGCCGGGUCCCUCGACCCGUCCGUCAUCACCGACCCGGCCGUGAGGGAGACCGUCCUCACCAAAGUCCUCAUGCGACCAGAUCCGGAACUCGCGGGUUUCGUCGAAACAGAGUGCGGGAAGGAUUCGUGGCAGGGGAUUAUAACCCGGCUCUGGCCCAAUACCAAAUAUGUUGAUGUGAUCGUGACGGGGACAAUGUCGCAGUACAUUCCCACUCUCGAUUUCUACAGCAAUGGUCUGCCGCUCGUCUGCACAAUGUAUGCUUCUUCCGAAUGCUAUUUUGGGGUUAAUCUGAACCCGCUCUGUAAACCCAGUGAGGUCGCUUACACCUUAAUUCCAACCAUGGCCUACUUCGAGUUCCUCCCUGUUCACCGUAACAGCAACAAUGGGGUGUCCAAUUCCAUCUCCAUGCCCAAAUCCCUCAACGAGAAGGAGCAGCAGGAGCUCGUCGACCUCGCCGACGUCAAGCUCGGGCACGAGUACGAGCUCGUCGUCACCACUUACGCUGGGUUGUACAGGUACAGAGUUGGGGAUGUGCUGCGAGUUGCAGGGUUCAAGAACAAGGCGCCGCAGUUCAACUUCAUCUGCAGGAAGAACGUGGUGCUGAGCAUCGACGCGGACAAGACCGACGAGGUGGAGCUGCAGAGCGCGGUGAAGAACGCGGUCGACGCCCACUUGGCGGCGUUCGACGGGAGCGUGGCGGAGUACACGAGCUACGCCGACACGACGACGGCGGUGCCGGGGCACUACGUGCUGUACUGGGAGCUGAGCUUGAAGGGGACGACGGCGAUCCCGCCGUCCGUUUACGAGGAUUGCUGCCUGACCGUGGAGGAGUCGCUGAACAGUGUUUACAGGCAGGGGAGGGUGUCCGACAAGUCGAUCGGCCCGCUGGAGAUCAAGAUUGUGGAGCAGGGGACGUUCGACAAGCUGAUGGAUUAUGCAAUCAGCUUGGGGGCGUCGAUCAACCAGUACAAGACGCCGAGGUGCGUGAAGUAUGAACCGAUCAUUGAGCUGUUGAAUUCGAAGGUGGUGGCCAGUUAUUUCAGCCCCAAGUGCCCCAAAUGGGUUCCUGGUCACAAGCAGUGGAGCAACAAUAUGAAGAACUAGAGGUGGGGAAUGGAUGGGAUCACGGAUUGGAUGGAGAUAAGAAGAUUUGUUGCUCUGUUUCGCUCUUUUGUUUAGAGGAAGAAGAAGAAAAAAAAAGUAGCUUCUCUUUUGGAGAGAAAGGUCUGUCAUGAUUAUUGUUAGUGACCAGUAGAGGUGCAUGGUGGAUAAACAAACCAACCUUUUGUUUUGGUGGUGGUGGUGGUGGGGAAGGAAUGUUGCUCAAUAACCCUUUCUUUCACUGUCUCUGUUUCUUGUUAGGUUAAUAAUUACUUAACCCUCCUUUUCUUCGUUCUUUUCGUUAAUGGCUACUGUCAAUUUUUGUACUUUCAUAUCUUUGGGUAAUUAAAUCUGUUGGGACAGAGAGAGAUCUUUGAACUGGCAAUGUACAAAACUAGUUCCCUGUUUCAACGAUGGCCUUCUUGUUUCGGAAUUACAUAUUGCGCCUUAAUCCGGUCAUACGAGAUCGUACACCUGAAUUAUCACAUGAACUUUCUUUUCCGUUCUCUUGCUUCGCUAUCUCGUGAUUACUCGUAAACCACAUUUUUCAAAACAAACUGUGCUCUGUAUAGAUAGAACAGAAACCAUAAACAUGUUGUUAUAGUACAACCCAAGUUAUAAUCGAAAAUACAAAAAGAAAGUGACCAUUUUAUAGUGUCCACCUGACCUAAUUAGUACGAGAACUUUUAGCAAGUACCCAAAAGUAAUUCCAGAUGAGUUUUCACCCAAUCGAACAAUAUCGUAUUAAUUGACAUAAAAUGGUGGAACUGUUGUAACGGACGGGAAUUUCCUUUGUAUUUCCCCCCCCCCCCCCCCGUUGUGGAGAUCGAUGAACUCUGUUAUGGGGAAUGGAUUCAGAAAUCCAGGCAGGAAUCCUGGCCGCUUUAUGAGAGUCUCAUGGGGCCGAUGAUCGAAAACGGCAAAGAAGGGAGGAGCCACACAGCCAGAGUAAAGCCAAACCCCAAGUUCCAGCUUCAGGUCAACAGGAAACCACGCGGACCUUAGCCAUUACUCACUCCAUCGGAACUGAAAAAGUAAGUAAGUGCAAUAAUAAUGGAAACUCUGUUUCGAGAAGAGAAAACUAAGGUCCACUAGGGCCUCUGUUUGCUGACUUAAUCCGCAAAGGGACUCUCUCUGGCUGAUCCAACAGACCGAAUCCCGGUGACGCGCAGCAAGAUCGAAGCCGACGCCAUGGCCGUAUUUCAUCGACGAAAAUAUCUUUGGGGAGAGAAAACAGGGGAUUUUUUUUUUCUUAUAAAGGGAGAGAAAACAGAGGAUUGCAGAAGAUUUACCCUGUCUUUUUAGGAAAGAAGUAAAGUGGCUGGCCGGGUAUGAUAGGAGCUAAACGGUGGAGUUUUAGGUAGUCGGUUAGGUAAGUAGUGGUUCAACCGAACUGGUCAGAUAGGUUUGGGAUUUGACUGUACAUUUAGUUGAGUUGAGUUGCAAGAAAGAAUAGGAGUCGAG